AUGUACUACUUCGGAGGUACGCCUCAACCUCAGGACCCUCAACUGGAGCACUUCCUGCGCAAAGGAUAUGUGGUCAUCCCCCCCUGCGGCACUCCGCAGUUGCACGGGCAGAUCUAUUCCAAGGCCUGGGCGGUGCACGCCCAGGACGCCACGUGGAAGCUGGGGGACGGCGUGCUCGGUGCCAUCCCGGAGCUGUAUCAAGUCUUAGAGGCGCCGAAGGUGAAGCAGACCUUGAGUAAGGUGUUGGGGGAGAACUACAUGCUGCAUGGGCACCGGCACCUGCACGUGAGCUCCUCGAACAACCAGAUGUGGCACAAGGACUCCUACUGGGGCUUCCGGAAGGUGCGGCGGCACCGGCCGCGGUGGUGCAUGCUGCUGUACUACCCCCAAGACACCACCGUGACGAUGGGCCCCACCUGCAUCCUCUCGGGGUCCCAGUACUGGACUAAGGACACGGAGCAGUCGGAGGUGGGGGAGGACAUCCUCUUGCCGAACUCUCAGGAGCAGUCCAUGUUCCUGCCGCAGGGCAGCCUCCAACACCAGGCCGCGGUCAUGAACGAGGCGAAGUCCAACUACCUCGGCCACCACGCGCAUCUGGUGGAGGACCUGGCUCUCACGGUGCCUGCCGGCAGUUGCGUGCUCAUGCACUAUGACCUCUUCCACCGGGCCAGCUGCCGGCAGAGUGGCACCGCCCCCGAGCGGUUUCUGGUGAAGUUCCAGUUCCUCAGGACCAUGGAGCCCCUGCCGCGGCCCAAGCCGCCGGCGAGCUUCCGCAGCGGGCUGGUGGCUGUGAAUCCCAUGGACCCGGUCGUGGAGGAGGUCCGCAGCUGGCUGGGCGAGGCGGUGCCGGCAGCGCUGGCCUCCGGAAAUGACGUGGAGGCGCUGAACUCGACCAACGAGGCGGAUCGCCUGGCGGCGGCCUACCGCCUGGGCCGCAGCGGCUGCCAUGUGCCGCUGCUGGCGGCGCUGGACGAGGCGGAGGCGGGCGCCCGCGCCGCCAGCUACGGCCUUGCGGCGGGGCUGUCGGCGCUGGGGGCCGGGGCGCUGGCGACGGAGCAGCGGGUGCUGCAGCUGCUGAAGAGCCCCAGCACGCGGACGAGGCGCUUCAGCGCCUUUGUGCUGGGCGAGGGCGCGAUGCCCUCCAUGGCCAACGUGUCGGCCUUGGGGGCCGCCCUCCGGGAGGAGAGCGCGGCGUCCCUGGUGGGCGACGAUACUCGGAGCGAGAUGCUGGAGGCUUUGGGCCUCCUGGGCGCCCGGGCCAGGGCCCUGGGCCGGGAGGAGCUGUGCACGCUGUGCAUGCUCCAUGCCUUCCCCUUCCUGGAGCAGUCCGUGGCACCACUGGUGAAGACCCAGGCCGGCGAGAGCGCCGCGUACGCCGUGCUGCUGGCUGCCGGGCCCCGGGGCGCCGCGCCGCCCCAGGUUUUGGCCAAGCUGGCGGUGGCAGCGGCCACGCGGAACGACCUGCUCAUGUCGAACUUUGCCGCGGAGGUCCGACGAAGCUGA